CAAAAUAAAAAAUAAAUAGACUAAGUCUUAUGCCUUGCCAGUCGCUACACGUUCAUCUUUCUGUUUUCAUUUUCUUAGAGAUUACAAGUACAUCUCUGCUACUUUCUCUCUUCAAGGUGGUAAAACAAUGACAACAACAGGAUUUAUCUCUUCAGUUGCUAGAAGGCUGGAAGGAAAAGUAGCCUUAAUCACUGGAGGAGCCAGCGGCAUUGGAGAAUGCACAGCUAAAGUGUUUGCCCACCACGGUGCCAAAGUGGUCGUUGCUGACAUCCAAGAUGAAUCGGGUCGUUCACUUGCUAAAGCCCUAGGUCCAUCAAACUCUACCUAUGUGCACUGUGACGUAACUGAUGAGGCCCAAGUAAAAAAUGCAGUGAACGCCGCUGUCACAACUUAUGGCAAGCUAGACAUAAUGUUCAACAAUGCCGGCAUUGCUGAUGAGAGCAAAGCACGCAUAAUUGACAAUGAAAAGGUUGAUUUUGAACGUGUUCUGCAGACUAAUGUGACGGGAGUUUUUCUUGGCAUCAAACAUGCAGCCCGUGUCAUGAUCCCGGGACGCAAUGGUACCAUAAUUUCAACUGCCAGUGUUAGCUCAAAAGUUGGUGCUGCUGCCUCACAUGCAUAUUGUUGCUCCAAGCAUGCUGUUCUAGGACUCACCAAAAAUGCUGCUGUUGAGCUUGGGCAAUUUGGCAUCAGAGUGAACUGUUUAUCACCUUAUGCGCUUGCAACCCCUUUAGCAAAACAAGUUAUUGGUCUUGAUGAUGAACAACUUGAGAAUUUGAUGCACGCUUUUGGUACCCUAAAGGGUGUGACCCUUCAGGCAGAAGAUGUAGCCAACGCAGCACUUUAUCUGGCAAGUGAUGAAGCUAGAUAUGUCAGUGGGCACAAUUUAUUCAUAGAUGGGGGUUUUACCAUUCAGAACCCAUCAUUCCGCAUGUUCCAGUAUCCUGAAUAGUCGUCAUAAAUUGUGCUGCAAAUUUAUGGGGGCUUCUAUUUAUUAUUGAAAAAUUGUUGCAAUUUUAUGAAGCUGGGAAUCCGCUCUGAUUGUAAUUUGAAUCUCUCACACCUUUUUUGUUUAUUAUAUUUCAUCUUCUGCUUUUA